GCAGAGGGCAAGGUUUAGAGACACUGCCAGUGAAGGCUAGCAACCAUUAAGAAUAGACAAAUACUCACGCUGAGUUACCCUUCUGUGACCAUUGCAACCAGCAGCACAAAAAUGCAUUGACAGAAAUGACCCAAAAAGCUGUGUCUAUGAUAUGGUGGUGGACAUCUGUAUUCAUUUUGACCUGGCAGUGAAACUGAAGAUUUUAUUUUCUUUCCUUGUUUCUCCCAGUCGUGUUUUAUUUUUUCCCCCUAAUGGAAUUUUUCUGUGAAGAUUGUGUAUUGGAAGAAGGGACCACUAAAAAGCUAUUUGCCUUUGCUUAUCUAUUUAACACUGUUUUGCCUGCCUGCUCUUCUGGGGGACUACUACAAUGACAGAUCCUUCAGUGGUGGAUCACAUGGCCCAACUGAAACUCAGACUCCUUGAAAAGAGACUAGAAAAGGAACAGGAGAACCUAGGGAAGAUGGACUCACCUGUCCCAAGAGCAAGGAGCAGACAGGAGGAUAUGCUUCACAGUGCCCUGAGGCGAAGGAAAGAUCUCCUGCAGGAGCUUAGGGACCAGCACCUUCUGGAAGAGCUGUCACAGCCUUCUGCCUUGGCUGGGGGACACCUUAGGAACUGCAGAGCUGCUGUCCCACACAUCUACCAGUUACCUUUUCCAGCACCCCAAGCAGAGGCACCAAGGAUUAUCCAGCAGGCGAUGCCUCCUCAGCCUGCUACUAUCAUCCAGCAGCUACCACAGCUGCCCCCGCUGAUAGCACAGAUACCCCCUGCCCAGCCUUUUGCAGCUCCCCGCUCUGGAAGCAUUAAAGAAGAUAUGGUAGAGAUGAUGCUGAUGCAGAAUGCACAGAUGCACCAGAUCAUCAUGCAGAAUAUGAUGCUGAAGUCUCUGCCAUCAGUGGCAUUCACACAGCCUGCUGGAUCCAGCUCUCCCCUGCUUCAGCACACACAACAGGACCUGCAGCUCGCCACUCCCAUGGCCAUGAAAACAGACAGGCCCCAGCUGUCCGCGGUGCAUCACCACCACCAUUACUCUCCCCCGGGGCUGCUGCCCCCAGCCGUGCCUGCCGGUCUCCUGAUGCCAAGCGGAAGGCUCCCACCCACAUCCUCAGCUAGUCACUGGGCCAGCAGCACGCUCCCAGCUGGGCAGAUGUGGCCCACAUACUGACACUCUGCAAGUGUACCAUACCAUCGUGGAGGUCAACCUGUAUUUGAAGAGUUCCUAAAUAACCUGACUGACAGCCUAAUGUCUGUACAUCUGCAUAUUAUUGGUACAAGAAGUGAGCAAGAGAAAGACUGCAGAUCCUCAGAACAAAUGUACCACGUACCUGCAAUCUGCUUACCCAUUUCUGCUUACCCAUUGCUUCCUCGCAUAUUCCAAGCCUAGAGCAGCAGCAAGCAGUCACAACAAUUUUGCCUUUUUUCCAUAGAACCAAGACAUCCUAUCCCAAACAGUCCCACAGUAACUUGGGGAAAUGCCCCUUUGCUGAGUGGACAGCUCCCUUCCUGGGGAGGGUAACGCAAACUAACACAGGAUUCCUGAAUGAGGGAUUAAUUGCCAAAAUUCAUCAACUAACGUGUUCUUCCUCUACAUGACAAGGUGUUGGUAGCAGGGGGGCUGCAGGGAUGCCUUUGUGAGCAGAGUGCUGGAGCUUACCCAUAUGAGAAAACAGCCAGCUCUAGGGGAUUCCAAAAGGGACCUGUGGGCCGUGAGCAGUGCUGGCUGUGAGAGCAGAAAGGGAAAAAAAAUGCUGUGCAACAGCAGCUGGGAGAGAGAAGUGAGAAAC